AUGGUGGGAAAAAGGGGUCGUCGCCAGUCACCCGUUGUCCCUUUGCCGGUUGGUCUUCUUUCAGGUAGCACAGUGGUAGGCUGUUUCCGUGCCUGGUCAAGGAAAGAACUCCUCGUGCUUCUUCUUUCAGCAUCAUUCACAUUGUUUUUUGCGUUUUCAGCAGUGCGAUGGCUCACCACGACUGUUCGCACAGAUCUUCAGGCAAUCCUUGUUGAAGCGGAACCCACCUUUGUGGAGGUCCCCUUCGACCCUCCCACGGGAAAGUUCUACAAAUUAUGGCGGUACCGUGAUAACAAAACUGAUUCAUUUCGAAAGCUCCAACCUCAGGCAUUUCCCAAUGUCCCUGUCAUCUAUAUUCAUGGGAACGCUGGUUGUUAUCAAGAUAUGCGUUUCUUCGGAAGGGUCGUUGGGGAGUCCGUCGUUAGGUUGCGGCGUUACAACGCCAUUCACUACGGUGAGAGGGUGAGGAACAAGAUAUUUCAGUUGUACAAGAAUGAGGGUUCGGAGUUACCCAGAGCCGGCAUACAGAUCCCCAAAGAUAUUCAGAGAAGGGCGGAAAAUAUGGUGGUUGCUGAUACACCAAUGUUGGGUGUGGAGUUAUUUGCGCCAGACUUUCUUGAAGAAUCCAAUGCACACAGUGCUAUCGUUAUGGCGAGGGAAGCGAUGUACCUGAAUCAUAGCGUUCAUGAACUAUUCCGAAGGUUCCUAGAUCAUUACCACGAUGUUCUCAAGCAGCCACCAGGUGACCUUCGGCACGCCGCAGGAGGAAAUCGUUCCGAGAUACCCGUUGCUGCUUCUGUGGAAAACGAGUACGUUGACAGUGCGUGUGGAACAUGGAGUGAGUACUCACCUGAUCCUUCAGCCUGUUCAACCUUGAAAAAGGAGGUUGCCAUGUUUUCUUCUACUGAACGCAUACGACAAGAAGUUCAACGGGUGGAACGUGAGGGGAUAUGGCUGUGGACAGAGUCGAUUGGCGGUGUUCUAGGCGUAUUUGCCGCCUUGCUUGCACCUGAGCUGUACGCUGGCUUGGUUAUGGCGGGCCCACCUCUACGCUAUUCGCCUCUGCUAUUCGAUUUACCAGCUGUCUACUUCCAGAAAACCAUACAGGAUGCUGUAACUGUGCCAUACGCAAAUAUAAGUAACACGCAGCGUAACUGGUCAAAAAUACUUGCGGGGUCCAGCACCUACGAGCUCUUGAAAAAUCUGAAUAGUGUCCCACAUGCGGACAUUGCGGGGCGGUUGGAGCGUGUCAGUCUAGUCAGUGUUCACGGUGGAGCCCUCGAAGAUAUUGUUCCACCGCGAAGUUCUCAUAUUAUGCGCACUGUCAGUCGACGUUCGACGUCACCUGAGCAUCGACCGCUGUUGGCAACGAAACCGCCGUAUGCAGGUCGUAGAGAUGUAUGCACAGAAGAAUUGCGGGGAUGUGGUAUCUCCCUCAGCCACCGCGGUCUCGUGUACGCGGUUCAGUUGCUGGAUUCUGCAGGGUAUUAUACCGUUGUGGCAUCCCUGACCGGCGAGGCAGGUAGACUUGUUGGUGUGGAGUCGACCCUUCCGGUGGGAAGGGAGCGAAUGUUCCCAAUGGUUCUUGAAACGCUGAGCCGAAACUCAGAUGCCUACCGUGCGGAGAAGUUUCGCUUCACUACUGCCCUUCACUACGAUUCUGAAAAUGACAAGUACCACAUGACUGACGGAAGGCACUUUAUGAAUGGUCUGACAAGGCUCUGUGCAGACGGACAGAGCACACUCAACCUACAAGAUCUACCCGUCAGUGAAGAUGAAGACACUGAGUCCUGGAGCCCAUUACAUAUUUUUGUUGGGGCAACAACAUACGAAGCGGAGGAAGUAAUUCUCCCGGAGUUGACUUUAGUUGCUGAUGAAGAAAAUGAGGAGCCUUUAUCUCAAUCUAAUUUACAAGUGCGGCUGGCUACUAAGCUGCAUCUUCCUUACCGGCGCAAGGAUAGUAACGUUACUGAGGGUACGGUUCUCCGCACCGCGUUGAGUUUCCAGGUUCUACGGAGGCGUAGAGAGCAAUCGUCACUGCGGCUUCGUCCACGAUUUUGUUUCUUUGUUCGGAAUGAAAAGGUAAAUGUGAGCCACUUUGCCCUUGUGCAGCACGACGUUAUUGACCCAUUGCGCGAGUUGUCUUCACCGGAGGUUCACGACGCCACACUCUAUUCGCAGUUGAGUGGAGACAUCUCCGUGGAGAAGUACGGGAGAUUCUCCCUUAUUCGUAAUAUGCGCGUUUCCCAAAUGGAAACUAGUUUAUCUCUGUACGUGAAAAACAGAACAGUUUACCCCGUCACCAUAUGUGGAUCUUUGCGUUCCCUUCGUGUGACGUUUAGGGGAGGUGAGAAAGUUGCGUUAGAUGAACCGGAGGCCCAGAAUCAGUACUUUUUCGGCCCGUAUGUGGAAAAUGUUAGUUCAUUUACAUACAGUUGGCGCCCUUUUCACACGACGCCCUUCAACGUAACCAAUGUUUAUGUGGUCUACGUGCUGACACCUGACAUACAGCCAAAGAUGGAUUUCGAAGACACGAAGAUGCACCAGUCCCCUGAGUGGAUCAAGCCCAGUUAUUGGCUGUGGCGCCUUAACUACGACAGCUUGCGGUGGAUGGCAAUUGGCACAACAUAUUCUGUCGCCAUACAGCUUAUUAGUUGCUAUGUGCUUUUCUUCUUCGUUAUAAUAGUUGUCUUCCACGUGCCCCGCCUCGCGCGAGGCGGGGGUGAACCUGAGAAGGGAGUUCGAGGAUUUUUCGAAGUAUCGCCGACCAUUCUUGCCAUAGCCGUUGGCCUGGGGAUCGAGCUCGCAAGCCUUCAUGUGGUAAGACAAACACUGUCUGUGUGCCUCGACGAGGAGCCACCACGGGUGUCGGGUGGCAAUAUCACAGACAUGAUGAGUCUUUCGGAAGCACUCACGCUGGUAUUCUUGUGUGCGCUGCCACCACGGCUGGACACGUGCAGGCACUCCUGGAUUCGCAUGGUGGCGGCCGUUCCAGCGGACGUAACACUAGAGCACAUGGUACAUUUGGUGUUUAGUUACUGUUUAACGGUCCUAUCGGUGUCGUUGAUGCAAGUUCAGUAUUAUUUGUUGUGGCCUCUAUUCAAGGUGAUCCGACCCUUGUUGAUUAGGCGGCCGUCAGGCAGGUUGGCGGUGUGGCCCUUUGCAUUCUUGUGGUUGGCUCCUAUGGUGCUGCACAGCACCGUCUACUGGAUGCACGUGUAUGUCACCACAAACAUAUCUUGCAUUUUCGCGCUUGCUUCUCUCUGGUGCAUUCCUGAGGAAAUGUUUACCAAUACAGGACGAAGGUACCAACAGUUGUGUCUGCUUGUUAUAUUCCCGAUUCAGUUGGCGACUCACUUUGAAGGAAGUGGACUUCUAAUACGAAACUACUUUAUGUUGCCAACGGAAACUCUAACAGACUCAGAGAGAUUUGAAAGUUUGCCUGAACAAAUUAUUGCUCUUACCGUGGCUCAGGGCUGCUUAGCUGUUGUCUACGGAACGGUGUACCUUGCACUCCUUCAUCAAGACGGCAUCACAGAUCGUGGCAGCGCCAAGAAGAUGCAAUAUGUGGGUGGGACGAACUGUAGCGGCGGUGAGGAGAGACGGGAAGGUAAGAAAAGAAAGCAGAGAGAAAGGUUAGAAUCGCAGGAGGUAUUGGGAGAGAGGACGAUUGAGCGCUUAGAAUACAGUAUGGGAGAUUUGGGCAGGCGGUACCCGAAGUUGAAACUACUAACAAAAGUGGGAUCAUUUACCUUUAUGUUUGUCGCCUGUUGGAUGGGUGUAGUUGCGUUGCGGCGUCCACUUGAGGGAACGGUCUUUUUGUUUGGCUUAUCCGUAGUGGCUGCACGCGUUGCAUUCGCACUGCUGAGUUUCUGGUAG